GGUUUUUCACGUUUAAAGUUCGAACGUGCGCUGAACGCACGGACUGAUGCGACCGGAGUGUUCUGUUGUGAGUGCGAAAGCGUAAAUCGGCCUGGCGGAAUUUCCACGGAUAUAUAUAUAUUGGAUGUACUUCGCCCAAAAAUCGCCCAUUUUUUGAAUCGUUUUCGAGUGAUCUUUGUGCUUUAUCAAAAUUAGACUGAGUUCAAAACAACGUUUAUACACAUGUGAAACAAAAUUAACUAAGUGAGUAGCUAACUUUUGGAUAGCCCCACGUUUCCGGAACCAUCUAACGUACGUGCCUCAUCAUAAAACGCGCCCUCAACGAGGCAUUCGAGCGAAACCACAAACCAAAAACGGCCAAGCCAAAGAAAUAUAAAAAUUUAUAUGUAUCUAACAAAGGAAACCCAUAAAUACAUAACAAAAACCUAUGCGUGAAUCAACCACAAAAGUAUUUCCAAACAAGAAAAGAAAGUAAAGUGUAAAUUCUUUUUAUACACAUUUUUCGUGUGUAUAUAAAUAAUCCAGCCGAGGCGGCAAUUAUAAUACUUAAUGAAUUUAUUGCACAAUUAAAGCGAAGCCAACUAAUAACAACAACAAAUUAAUAUGCCACUGGCGUGAAAGUCACAACUCGACGCAUGAGAGAGAAAUCCCCCCUUGCGCCAACAGCACUGAAUUAUUAAUGAAAUCGAAUUACAAACAAAGCCCAGCAAGCAGCAAUAACGAUUGCGAAUCGGAAAAAAUAAAAAAACAAAAUAAAAAAAACAAAAAUUAAAUAAAUAAUCAUCAAUAAGUACACACAUCAACAAGCGCCGCGGAACGUGGACGGCUUAAUCAGCGAAAAGUCAGGCAGCUGGAAAAUACUUUGCAAGCAAGGCGCAGGCGCAGGCGCCGCUUUUCACACGAGUUGGCAGCACACGCCACAUAAAUUGGCAUUUACCGUUAAGCGCGCUGCCGUACUUUGCGGUCGGAGCAAGCAAUAACAACAACCAGUCAACACCUCCACCGAACCACCAAAGAAAAGCCGUCAAAGUGGAUUUAACAAAUUAUAAUAAAAUGCUGCAAUCCAGCAAUCAUCAUUAUUUAAGGCCGGAUUAUAUGACAGCUGCAGCUGCCCCAACAGCGCAGCUGGACAACAAAAGCAGUCCGUUGGCGCUAUUGGCCCAAACAUGCAGCGCCAUCGGAGCGGAUACCACAAACCCCAAGCUGCUGGCGGCCAACAUCGAGAAGUCCACAAAGCAACUGCAGCACCAGCCCAAGGGAUCCAAUGGCGGUGGAGGUGGCGGCGGGGGUGGCGGAUCCUUUGGCCUGGGCCAGCAGAUAUCAACGGAUGGCAGUGCACGCGAUAAAUCCUCACCCGUUAGCAGUCAUUCAUCCAGCGUCAGCACCGGCUCCGUGGAGCAACAGCAGCUGCCCCCCGCCCACGGCAGCAAGCCGACCCCCACAACCUUUAAGCCCUACGAGCCGAACAACAACAUCAGCAUUAGCAACAGCAUCGGCAUCGGCAACAUAACCACAGCCGCCGAUUGCGGCGCCACAAAUCUCAGUAGCAGCAGUAGUAGUGCCGGCGGUCAGAGGGUGCGGACCCCCAAAUCGACUUCGAAUGGAGGUGGUCAUGGCCAGCGCUGCGACUCGAACCAAAGUGCAAGCUCGCAUCGAGAAUCGCCCACAGCUGCUGGCAGUCUCAGGAGGACCCCCACCACGGGCAGUGCCGCCCAGCUGAACGGCAGUCCUGGCCUUCAGCCCACCGCCUCGUCAUCCUCCACGACGCCCGGUCGCAGCAAUUCCAAAGAGUCGGCCACGAUGCACAGUCCCAGUGCAGCGGCAGCGGCGGCGGCGGCAGCGGCCCAAAUAGCCAGCUCAAAUCGCCUGCAGGAGGCCGCUCUGGCCGCCGCAAAGGAGGCCAGCUAUGUGAAGGCCCUGCACGCGGCCAGCCAACAGGGAUCCGCAUCUGCAGGCUAUUAUCCGCCCGGUUACGGUAGCCCCUAUUCCAUGGACCUGAUGACAGCCAGUUCUCUGAUGUCGCCGCACCACGCCAUGUUCAAGGCGUCGGCGAUGAAUCCGUAUCUGAACUACGCCCGGAUGAAGGGCCUCACGGAGCAGUCGAUGAUGGCGGCCACGCCCAACGUGUGCCGCGAUCCCUACUGCACGGGAUGUCCGGCCAGUCCGCACUACAUCAACAAGGCGGCGGGUCAGCCGUGUCCGGCGGGCUGUCCGCAGUGCGAGGCGGGCAACGGUGGUCGCGACGGCAGUGCUGGCAAGUCCGGCGGAUCGCAGGGUCAGUCCGGAUCCUCGAGUGCGGCGGCAGCGGCGGCGGCGGCGGCUGCCUCCUCGUACCACGCCCAGCUGGCCGCCCUGGCCGCCGCCACCCAGAUGCCGUACGUGUGCUCGUGGAUCGGCAGCGAUGCCGCCUACUGCGGCAAGCGGUUCGGCACCUCCGACGACCUGUUCCAGCAUCUGCGCACCCACACGGCCUCCGUGCCGGAUGCGGUACUGAGUGCAGCGGCCGCCGGCGGCAUACCGCCCAACCAUCCGCUGUUCCAGCGCACCUACCCCACCCCGCCGCUGAGUCCGCUGUCGGCGGCCCGCUAUCAUCCGUACGGGAAGCCAUCGAUGCUGCCGCCCUCGUUGGCGCCGCCCGGUAUGCCCGGCCUGCCCCCGCAUCCGGCCCUGGCACAGUACUUUGCGCCCUACUCGUUAUACGGGCCCAGGAUGGGGUCGUCGCAUCCAUAGUAGACCGAUCCUGAUCCUGCUCGUGAUUCAGUCCUUCAGGCCCUCAGUCAAAACCAUAAUUUCUGUUGAGUCGUCGUCGUCGUCUCUCUGUGUGUUUUUGAUUUUCGGUGUAUAUGACUCACUCGUGAAACGAAAAGCUAGUGAUCUAAUGUACUAUAGUUACAUACAAAUGUGUUUACAACUUAGCUUAAGGAGUCUAGCGUCUAGAUAUUAAUAUAUAUAUAUACUUAUAUCUGAAUAUCGAUGAUAUAUAGUGCAGCACAUCAGAUAUCGCUCGUCCUUUGUGUGUCUGUGUGUUUUGUGGUUGCUACCUAAACGCAUAUGGUAGUCUUAAUAUUAUUUAUUAUAUUCAAGCGAAACAGAAUUACAGAAUUAACGAAAUGAAAAGAUUGUCCAAAAACUUAAAGUUGUAAAAUUCUUGUAAAAUAUAUAUAUACGAGUAACUGCUUAUAAUUAAUUCUAUACAUACCUAUACAUAAAUGUGUAAUUAUGAACAAUAUUUUAAUGUUCAAUUAAGUCACUACAAAGAAAUCAAUAAAUCAAAGAAAAUUAAAUAC